AGUUCUGCUGCGACCGUCUAGCGAGUGUGCAGCGACACCGUGCGAUAUUGAGCGCAGGCUCGAGUAUCGUCUGUUUCACGAUAUAUCGCGUUUCGGCGCGGAAUUUGAACUUUUUGAAACAAGGAGUUCUUUGUUGUUUGUUUGUUUUUAUUUUUUGUUUAUACCAAAGGCGGUUCACUUAUAUACUUAUACAUGGAUUUUAUUAUUCUCAAGGUUAACGGUACGGAUGUAAGCAGUUUUCCCCACGAAGAUGCCGUCAGGGCGUUUAUGGCAGCACAGGAGCCUAUCGUGGUAGAAGUUAAAAGAAGGAUAGGAGAUUCCCCAGUACAUAUUCGAAAUGGAAGUGGUAACAAGUUUGUUUCCACUAGUUGCCAGACUGAUAUAUGCGGAAUCCAGUGGAUAGAUGAGAACACCAUAGACUGUUUGACCCAUGACAUAGAUCUAGAGGAAGUAACUUUAAGAAAAUGUAGCAGCGAUGAAAAACUGGGACUGACGGUGUGCUACAGUUCCGGUUCCGAAGUGGAUACUUGUACAGAAGUGUAUAUACGCGAUAUUGCACCCCAGAGUGUGGCAGACCGCGACGGACGACUUAGACAAGGCGAUCAAAUUUUACAGGUCAAUGGCAAAGACGUGGCGAACCGAGAAGAAACCGAGUCCCUUUUUGCGGAAAAUAAAAAAGCUGUUACUCUAUUAGUGAGCAGAUGUUAUAAUAGGAGUGAAGAAUACCUUGACGUGGAGCCCAUUGAUGCCAUAACAUCCCCCAAUGGAAAGAGUGCAGCCUACCAAAACAGCUUAAUAGAACAGCUGGUGCUGCAGCAAGCCGAAAUACAACAACAUUCCCCAAAAAACGAUGCCCCCCCACCAAAAGUACCUCCUCACUUCAUUCCUGACAAGCUUAACCUCACCAACUCCUUGGUGCGAUCCAAAAUUGACUCCAUCAAUCAGGAGAUUUCUCAGUUGGACUUUCGGAUGCAAAACAUCUCGUUUAAGAGCGAUAAGCGUAAGGCGCCACAGUUUCCUCAUAUUCCUCCUCCAGAAUCGGAUACUGAGCACAUCUACGAGACCAUUCCAGAAGAUUCUGUGAUUGAUGGUGAGCUUGAGCCGAUUUACUCUUGCCCCUAUGAGCCUGGUGCCAAGGACAUGAUUGAGCAGUGGCUUAAGGUCCAUCAAGAAGAAGUGUGGGUGGGAGCAGCUCCAAACGAUCUAGACGAACUGAAAGAGGAGAAGAAAGAAGUUACUAAGACCAAGUCUAAGCCCCCAAAGAGCAACAGCAGUGGAGAGGAGCACGAGAACAGCUCCAGUGCCUACAACACUGGAGGGUCUUCUAAUAGCAAUCCCUUGACUUUUGAGCUUGCAGCUGCUCAAGACUCUAAACAUAAAAAUGUUUAUCGAUCAACCUUAAUCCUUUGCCCCCUAGAAGAGAAAGAGGACCAAAUCAAAGAAAAAGAAGCCAAAUCGACCACCUGUGAGUCAUGUAAACGACAGGCAGCAGCCAAAGCCAAAAAAUCCAAAUCGACCUCCAAGAUCGUCAGCCCCUCCUCACCCACCAGGAGAGUUGGAUUGAGUCCUGCACAUGUGCUAUCGGACACUAUGUACACAAACGUUGCUAAUCUGCAACAAACGAUGAUGCUGCAACAGCAACUGUUUAGACAAGCAUUGGCUCAAGGACCUGAAGUUGGUACUGCAAGACCCACUACCAGUUUUACGUCACCUAGCUUGAGUCAGUACCAGUUUGUUAGUGGAAAUCAAGGGUAUACUACAACUCAAAGUCACCAGGACAAGAAUGGUGAGGUCAAGAUGGAGUGGAAGGUUAAGAGACGGCCAGAUGGCACCAGGUACAUCGCUAGGAGGCCAGUGAGGAAUCGCAUCCUGAGAAAUAGGGAAAUUAGAAUAUCUGAGGAGCGAGCUGGGUUAACUACUGAGGAUGAUACCAUUUCAGAACUUAAGAUUGGUAGAUACUGGACCAAAGAAGAACGCAAAAAACACCUGGAGAAAUCCAGAGAGCGUAAACAAAGACAAGAAAUCCUUUUAGCAUCCAGAAACAUUGAUGAAAUCCCUGAGGAACAUGUGAAAUCUGCAACAAGAAAAGCGGCUAAUAAUAUCGACAAUACGGCAAAGAAACACCGUAGCACCAAAUCCAGGACCCAUAAAGAUAAAGAUGGACAUGAGGAAGGUGCUGUUGUUCAUGGACAAAAAACUCCACAGUCCAAUGGGAAAUUAACUGGAUUGUUAUCUGUUACUACUGUAUAAAUGUAUAUAUAGUUCCUUUGUACAUAUAGCAUUUAUGUAUGUAUGUAUGUAUGUGUCUAUUAUCCAAUAUAUUAUGUAAAUUAUUUUUUUUGCAUUUACCUUACUGUAUAGAGUUUGUUAGCGUUUUAAACUUAUUAAAUUCGAAAUGUGAUGUUUUUAAAUUUAUAAGUGUACAUAUCAUAUAAACUGUAGUUAACAAAAUUAUAUAUAUAUAUCCUUAAUCUAUAUAGGAAAUUGGGUUGAAUGGGUGAUAGAUAGAAUUGGUAUAAAGUAAAGUAUCACAUAAAAUUUAUAUUAUGUUCCUCAUUUUUAUAUGUGGUACCUUAUUCUAUAUACAGGGCAUUGAUAUCCUUACGCAAAAAAAAAUACAUUGAUGUCUAUAAUAUGAACAAUUUAAUCAAACUGAAUGUAAUAAUAAAUAAUCAGACAAACGCUUUCAUGUUUUGAAACCUGGCGAAUUAUAUAAUAUCGCUAAUAAUUAUAUAUGUGAUAUUUAUUUAAUCAAUGUAAAUGGGACGCUUGGUAGACGAAAAGAUUAUAUUAUUCUAUGUGUAGUUCAUUUCAUUAAAAAUUUAUUAUCAUUAUAAUAACAAUAAUAGUGAUGCAAGGAUUUAUUGAACUCAAUAAAUCCGAAUCCAGGUUGUUGUAAAUUAAUAUUUUCAUUAUUUUUUGCUUUUAGCAAGCACUGGUAUCUAUUAUGAAAACUAGCUCCACCUAGCUGUAUAAUCAUCAGUGUCAAAUUAAAUAAAGGUAUUAUCUGCAA